AUGAACACACCUCAGUACAGAAAGCCCCGUGUCCUCGGGCUAACAUCGGGCCCACACAAGCUGCUUAUGGUUUACUUAUCUCAUAUUCUGCUUGCAGGACGAGCCAGUAGCUCUGGAACUUCCCAGAUCAUGUUCAGCCUUCUCAUGGACCCGUACCACACGUUUGUGCCCCUGGGUGUGGAGGUGGCUAGCACUAAUCCCCUCAGUUGUGCUCGAACAUGUCUGUACCGGUACAACACAUGCUUUAGUUUCUCUAUCAAUGACACGCUCAAGACGUGUAAACUCGACAUGGGAGGGAACCUGUACACAGUGAAGAGCCAAGAAAAGCUGAGCAUUUUGUGGGAAAUAGUUGCGGCUGAGAGGGUCGAGUUUUGGGUGGGCUUGGAUGACUUGUCAAGUGUGGGCGUGUGGAGAUGGGCGGACGAUGGUACAGAUAUGGCAGAUAGUUGGGGACCUGUCAUAUUUGCCACAGGUGAGCCGAGCAGCCCAGGGGUGGAGGACUGUGUAGAGUAUCAGCCCAGAAUCCAGGGCCUCAACGAUGCGUUCUGCAGCCUACAGUCGAGGUACUUGUGUGAGAUGAAGUAUCGGUUGCUGUAG